GCUUUCCGGCAUGCUUGUGAUUGAUGCACCAGGUCUCUCCGAAAGAUUCGUUUACUCUUAUACUUUUGUGGUGCUAUUGACCAUUGGACUCUGGUUUUGGAGCACAGUUCGUUGCGAAAGCUUUUACUGCAGAAGUCGCUGCACUAGCCAACUUCAAUCCACUUCCAAGAAUGGGUGGCUUUCGAUUUGCAAGUGACUAUCUCCUCUGUUGCAGCUUCUCGAAAUCACCUUUGAUCAGCUUCCGAGGACAGCCUGGCUCGUUCCGACGGAUCUGCUACUGGAUUUUGCACCCGGAAAUCGUCGGAAUCACAACUGGAAUUAGUCGGAAUCACAGCCAAGAACUAUUGGCUCUAAUACCAAUUGUCAUGGCCCUAGGUUUUCCUAGGGUUUAGAAUGGGAUUUUGUAGGAAUUUGAAGAAGAAAGAACAGAAUGGAGGGAGAAAACAGAGGGAGAAAUUGAGAAGAAAAGGGGAAGGGUUCAGACGAACACAGAAUUUCAUAGAGAUGCCCAACAGAAUUGCACAAAUUCGACUUGUAAGUUCACAUCCCGAGGUUUAUGAACCAUGUGAUGAUUCAUUUGCACUGGUUGAUGCGCUCCUAGCUGAUCGAACUCACUUGUUAGAGCAUCGACCAACUCUAUGCAUGGAAGUUGGUUGUGGUAGUGGAUAUGUUAUUACUUCUCUGGCGCUUAUGCUUGGACAGGAGGGUUCUGGGGCCUACUAUAUUGCAACUGAUGUCAACCCUCAUGCAGUGAGGGUGACCAGUGAGACAUUGGCAGCACAUGGGGUUUGUGCAGAUCUGGUAACUGCUGACAUUGCAUCUGGACUGGAGAACAGACUGGCAGGAUUGGUAGAUGUUAUGGUUGUGAAUCCACCUUAUGUGCCAACACCUGAAGAGGAAGUGGGUUGUGAUGGGAUUGUCUCGGCAUGGGCUGGAGGGGAGAAUGGACGGACUGUUAUUGAUAAAAUAUUGCCUAUUGCCGACAAACUGUUGUCAGACAGGGGCUGGUUAUAUAUGGUUACUCUUACCGCAAACAAUCCCUCAGAAAUAUGCCGUCAGAUGAGGAAGAAGGGUUAUGCCUCGAGAAUUGUUGUGCAGAGAUCAACAGAAGAGGAGAGUCUCCAUGUAGUUAAGUUUUGGCGAGAUUUUGAUGCUCAAGUAGAGGAAAAUGAGACGGGGACGCUGAACAAAAAAGCCCCUGUUGGGUUCCUUGAUUCUCUCCUUUCACAAGUUUUUGGAUUGUCAUUUUGGAGGCGCAAUGAUGGUAAUGGUAGUUGAUACCAAAAUGGGAACAAAGAUAUCUUUGUUCCGAAAGAAUGACUGUUUUCUGCUUUUCCAAAUUUCUGCUUCAUUAUUACUGAUUUUAGGACUCGGAGAGAUGACACUUUUCUGGACACCAAUUCACUCAAUUGAUCGUGCUAUAUUAAGAAACACUUCAAUGGCUA